AUGGUUAUGAACGGUACCAUCUCCAUUCACAGCUACGAUCUUGACGAAUUCAUUUUGAUCUCUCCGGCUGAUCCCAAGGCUCGUCGAUUGGAUGGCGAUGUUUCUGUCAGUGGUGUUCUUGGCCAUGGUCGUUUGGGAACGAGUGAAGGGGUUUCACGAAUAUUCGAUGUAUGGGAGCGCCUUAUGGACACGAAACGUGUCGUAAAGUUGCACAAGUUGAGAAUCCUCCUGGGGACGGUGGAUAAACUCACUAAAGAUGAACUACCAUUGUUGGUCUCUUACGGAAAUGACAAGCUCUACUACGGGUUGCGCUUGUCCCGUGGUGGUUCUGCCACGAACCUAUCUCCUUCCGAGGUCUUUGUGCCCGAUUCGGGGCUGAAAAAAAUCGAAUACGCCAUGUCUCUGACCUCGCUACCCCACAAGAAGACUCAUCUGGUCGGGCUUCGUGACAUCUUUCUCGAGAAGGUGGGGUCCUGUGAAGAAACACCUAAUGUUUCUGUUCUCCAGUAUUUUCGCAUGGUCAAGCUGAAGUUCCAGUGUUCAUCUCAUUCACAUACAGCUAGUUUGCCAACGAAUACGGAGACUCCUCCACCCGAGAUGUUAUGCUCUGACGGCAUGAAAUCGUUGCUCGAUGCAUCAGCUGCUAUGCCUGGCAUGCCAGCGGCGUAUUUGUCGCCUGAAGUCCCGUCUUCGGAGGCACUGGAUGAUCACCUGACUAGAACCCUGGGAUGUCGUUAUACAGGCGCGGCCAUACACACUUUGUUAAUUGCCCUGCAUCUUCUGAUUCUGCGCCUCCGUUCGACCGACUUUCUGACAGCUAUCGCUGGCGCCUGGUAUGGCUUCCUCAGCCACCUUCGCUGCACUCCCAACUGUGAACUCUUUCCCAUUCCCAAUGUUGGGGAAUGUUCCAGUCCUGUUUCAUCAAUCGAUCAGGCCCUUUACAUCCUCUGUCAGCAUCCAAAAUCCGCAUCAUCAGGCCUCACUUCCAUGAAAGACAGUGAAGAAGAAUUCUUUGACGCUUUGGAGGACCAAGUAGUACACCAUGCAGGUCCCACGGCCCAAUACUGCGCAGUGUGUCGUAGCGUUUUUGAGGAAUUGGAGAGCGCGUCGCCCUCCUCAAUCGCUAAAUGGAUUGCGCCCUACGUUCUUGCUCACCACAUCAGUUUAUUCCAUCGUUUCGGUGUGUUUGACUAG